CCUUUGUGUUCUCUCAGGUACAUUUGAUCGACAAGCUGAAUAUGAAGAGUAAAGUGGUGCUGAUCACAGGUGCAUCAUCGGGAAUUGGCGAAGGAACGGCUCUUCGAUUUGCGUCAUUAGGUUGCUGGCUUUCCCUUACAGCGAGAAAUAUACUCGCCUUAAACCAGGUGGCUGAAAAAUGCCGGGCCAUAGGUGUUCCGAAGGACAAGGUUUUGGUCAUACAAGGGGAUAUUACUUCGGCUGACGACAUCACCGCUAUUGUGAAAAGAACUGCGGAGCACUUCGGGAAAAUUGAUAUUUUGGUCAAUAACGCUGGGAUUGCCAAGGCUGCUCCUCUAGGAGAAAUUAGUCUGGAUGAAUUUGACGAGGUUUACAACACAAACCUACGCUCUGCCUUCAGCAUGACACAGCAGGCUCUUCCGUACCUCAAGAAAACGAAAGGAAACAUUGUAAACGUCUCAAGCGUGACAACUCUGCGAUGCACGAAAAACAUUGCAGCGUAUGCUAUCAGCAAAGCUGGGUUGGAUCAGCUUACCCGUUCAUCUGCAAUGGUGUACUUCCAAGAAGGCAACCUCACCAUGGCUUAG